GUCAAACCAGCGCACACUGCCAGACCCUGGGCUUCGCAAAGGAAGGCUUCCGAGUUUCGGGAGGUGGAUAAGCCUCACGUGGAGUAAGGUUGAUGACAAACAUCGGGUGCGAUGAACCUCUUUCGGAGCCGGGUGGAUGUUUUCGAAGCCAUCAACAAGGGUGACUGGCAGAAGGUCAAGGACAACGUGGUCCCGGGAAAGGCCAACGCUCGCGACUCCCAGUAUGACGCGACUCUUCUGCACUGGGCCGUGAACGAGGGGCACAUGCCGACGGUCGAACACCUGCUGGCUUGCGGAGCGGACGUGCGAUUGAGAGACGGAAAACACUCCGCCACCCCGCUCCACUGGGCUGCUGCUAAAGGUCACGUGUUCGUGGUUCGGCUGCUGAUGAUGCAGGAGUCUGACGUCAACAGCAGGGACGCUUCCAACCGCACCCCGUUGCACUGGGCCGCCGGAAACGGCCAGCUGGGGGUCCUUCGAGAGCUCAUGUUCUGGGGCGCGCGCGUGGAGUGCACGGACGCUUGGAGGAAGGUGCCCUUGCACUGGGCGGCGUUCCGGGGACAUGUGGCCAGCGUGGAGGAGCUGGUGGGGAAGGGGUCGCCCGUGGACCAGCCGGACGCGGACGGGAAUAUCCCGGGAAGCACGUUCCACCACAGCGUUCCGGAGGAGGCAAUAAGGGACAUCCGGUCGGCGUUGCAGCGAGGCCCGGCGUCGGGGGACGGCGUGGUGAGGGCGGCGACUGUUUCUUCGGAGCUGCUGCUGGAAACCCUUCGGGCGUGUCGGUCUUGGGGGGAACUUUUCGAGAACCGCCAUUUUGACGUCCUGUCGAAAGAGUGCCAGGAGCACCGGGAACGGUUGAGGGGUGUCAUUCAAGGCCUCGCGGACCAGGGCAAGGCCGAAGGACUAGAGCCGUGCCUCAAGGCCAUGGACCUCCUAAACUCGGCCCUGGGUCUCCACGAGGACAUGCGGUCGGGCACCAAGCCUGUCCCCCUCGGCGGCGGCGGAGCGGGUCAGGCUAGCGGCGCCUCGUCCUCUGCAGGCGGCGGCGGCGGGNGGGGGGGGGGGGGGGCGGCACCGCCGCAGGGAGGGCAGCAGCAGGACGGGUCGUCUUCCGCGGCCUCGCUUAGGCUGUACCAGCUGCCGGCGGUGCGGGAGGCGUGCGGGGGCUUUGACCAGAAGCGCUGCAUCGGAGAGGGAGGGUUUGGAAAGGUCUACCGCGGCAGCAUGAUGGGCCUUCCCGUUGCCGUGAAGAAGCUGGACGAGACAGGACUACAAGGGCGGGAGCAGUUCUUUCGGGAGGUGGAGGUGCUGAGCACGUGUCGACACGAGAAUAUCGUGCCGCUUCUUGGAGUGUGCAUGGAGCCUCCAUGCCUGGUCUACCGGCUCAUGCCCAACAACAGCCUGCGGCAUCACCUGGAUGACCCGGCUUUGAGGUCGCGCCUUGGCUGGCGGCUGCGAGUUAGGACCACGAUUCACAUGUGCAGCGGCCUGGAGUACCUGCACAGCGACUCCACAAACAAGCCCAAGGUUAUUCACGGCGACAUCAAGCCGGAGAACAUCCUCCUGGACGAGUACCUCAAGGCUCGCCUGUCGGACUUCGGUAUCUCCCGAGUGGGAGAGAGCGAGGCCAAGGUAUCGCGGCCUAGGCCACCCGCCGGCGGCGGCGGCGGGCACGGGGGCAGGGGGGGUGGGCCUGCCCGGGACGACGAUGCCGCGCUUCAGGGGACGUUCGGAUACAUGGACCCUGUGUACCAGUCGACGGGCCGCUUGGACGAGCGAUCGGAUAUCUUCAGCCUCGGGGUAGUGAUGCUUGAGCUGCUCACUGGCGACCCGGUCCACUGCCCGGACAAGACACCCCCGGGCUUGGUAGACCGCGUCCGCAAGGCCCUCGACGAGCGCAGCCUGAAGGGAGUUGUCGACCGCUCCGCGGUGUGGAGCAAAACGGCGGCGAAGGCGUACGCUCGGCUCGCGUGUGGGUGCUGCGCGGAAGCCCCCGGCACUCGCCCCACUCUCCGCGAGGUGUUGGAGAAGGUCAAGGCCAUCCAGGAGACGGGCCAACGGAACACGAGCGGGGGUGGGGAGCAGCACGCCGCGGCGGCGGGCUUGUCCUCCUCGGAUGCGAUGUCCCGCUCGCCGGCGACGACGGCGCCCGCGACGAACCAGCCCUCUGCCCCUGCUGCCACUGGCGCUACUACACAGCAGGGCGAAGGGGACGACCUCCUCGGCCUCUUCGACCACGUGCAGGGGAGUAGUAACCCCGUCGGUGCCGCCGGCGGCACCGGCGCUACGAAGUCGUCGCCACAGCAGCAGCAGCAGCAGCAGCAGCAGCGGACGCCCACGCGCCGGCCGCCGCCGCCGCCGCCGCCGCCGCCGCCGCCGCCGCCCCCGUACGACACGGCCAUCCAGAACUCUUCCCCGAAGAGGGCCACAACCGUGCCGGCGGCGGCGGCGGCGGCGAAACAACCCCCGCCCUACCGCGAGGCGAUGGCCGCUCGGCACGGGGGCCCCCUGCUGGCGAUCGACGGCGACGAUGGCUUGGUGGAGGAGAAGGCGGCGGGGGGCGGUAACCUGGUGGAUCUCGGGCAAGACUUUAGCCGACAGAGUAGCGCCAGCAGCGGGGAAAGCCGUGGUGGCGCCGGGAAUAACCCCGAAGGAGGCGCGGCGGCUGGAAGAGAGUGGUGGGCCGCGUCGUCUAGCUCAGCCAAGCCGUAUUCGGGAGCGCCAGCGCCGGCGCCGUACGGGAGACAUCCAGCGACGACGAUGGGCCCCUCGUUGGGGUCUGUCGGUGGCGGCGGCGGCGGGCGGGGCGGCGGUGGUAGCACCGAGAGUGCGCUCAGCGACCUGGGAAGGGGAGGAGGAUCGGCGACCGGCGGUGGCGGCAGCAGCAGCAAGAAUGAUGCCUCCAUCUCGUGCACGCUGUCGAUGUCGCUCGCCGAGUACGCGGCCGGGCUCCCGGGGGUGCUACGGGCGGCGAAGAGCGGCGGCGUCUUGUCGUCUAACCCGCGCCUUCUCUGCGUCUGCAAUAACAAUAGCAACAACAACGGGAUAGUGAGUUCGUCGGCCGAUGCUGGUGGGGCGGAAGGGGGCGCGCCGGCGGCGGGCCAGCAGGACUCGGCCGGGCACGUCUCGGUCCUUGACCUAUGGCACAGGGGAAGGACGGUCAGGUACCCCGUGGCGGCGGACCGGGCCGCCAUGAGCCCGAACCAGUCCGAGUCCGUGAUCGCCGUGCUGGGCGGGGGAAGCCUGCACGUGUUCAGCAUCCCGCGCAGGUGCAGGCUGCAGGAGCAGGCGGUCGCGACGGACCUGUGCAUGUGGAGAUGGUUGUCCCCAUGGAGUUUGGCCCUGGUGACAGACGGCGCGGUGUUUUACUGGAGCGUCUUGGACGGCUCCAUGGGAGGCAACAGCCCGGAGCGCGAUGGUUCCACCGGCGGCGGCGGGCUCGACCGAGAUGUGUCAGGGGCGGGAGACGCCGCCGCUAACGAGAGGGAGUCGGCGGCGCGCUCUCGGAGACCCAGGCAGGCGUUCGCGCGACGGCGGACGCUGACGCGGCCGGACACGCUGCACCGGGUGUACGACUACCAGGCCUCGGCGGACGGGCGGUGGGGGCUGCUGCUGUGCGCCGUCGUCGACAGCGACUGGGGGGGCGGGGGCGGGGGCGGGAGCGGCGCCCUGGGGAACGGCUACGGGAGCCACAGCAGCGGGAUUGAGGGUGGUGGGGGCCCCGUAAAGGUGGACUUGCACAGCUUCGAGAGGGGCACGACGUUCGAGUUCGAGGUCCUCGGGGCGUCGCUCAUGACCAUGCCCGGGUCGAGCCCGCCGCUGAACCUUCUCGGCCUGGUGGUGAGAGGGGAAGGGGGCGCGACGGAGCUCCGCGUGCUGGACCUGGACCGCUCGCUGGCGCAGGCGGAGGGCGCCGAGGAUUUCGAGAGGCUGUCCGAGCUGGGUGAGGGCUGGCUCAUCGCCACGACCCACGUAAUCGCCGACGGCGACCUGAGGGGCUCGUGCUCGUACCGCGUGGUGGGGGCCGACGGCCGGGAACGAGGGGGGUUAGGGGAGGGUGCGGCGACGGGAGAGGCGCCGCCGCUCGUGUCCCCCCCCGUGUUCCUGCGGCAGUGGAGCGAGAACACGAACGUCGUUUUCUUGGUCGGGUGCCACGGGCUGCUGCUCGUUCUGGACGUGGUGACCGGGGCCGAGCUGGCGCGCGCGCAGGCGUGCCGGGCCCCGCUGAUCGAGGCGGAGGUGGACCCGGACGUGGGGGACCUGGUGGUGGUGUCGACGGCGGACGGCGGAGGGGUGCACAGGAUGGGGGUACGCGCGGCCGCCCUGCGGGAGAGCGUGGAGUACUACCACAAGGACCCCGAGAUGGCGACCAGGGUGUCGGCCCUGACGGGGUACGCUGGCGUGAGGCCGUUGCCCCCACCCCGACGCCAGGCCUAAACUCAAGUACCAAGUCGUGCUUUUUUUUUCAUGAGUGGUUUGAUGUUGUCGCCGUUCGCGCCUCCAAAGGAUCAUGGUCGUGUUCUGUGCAACGCCGAAGAUAGUUGUACGUACAUGCGUGAUGGAGGGCUGUACGUUUUUCCUGGAAACACCUCGAGAAACCAACGCCAAUAGUAACGUUUUGUCUUUGCUAGGCAAGGCUUGGCUGUUGUUCCAAGGCUGCGCCCCCCCCCCCUCCCCGUCGCUGUAUGUAUGUUUCACGCACACUCAGGGGUGAGCCUCGAACACGGCCGCCUCUUCCACUCUCCGAAGCUUUUUUAGUGCCUCCCGGAACUCUUGUCGUACCUUCUUUUUUGUUUUUCUUCGAUAAGCAAAGGCGGGAAGGCGCGGCGAAAAAAAAUCAUGAACAGCGGGAGCGUGACGUGACGAGGGAGCCUAAUGUUUGCUUGGCUUGCACCUCUGAGUUUGGUGUCGCUGGGGUCUUGGUGUUGGUGUAUGGUUUAUUCGGUUCUGGGCGGCGGUAUUAGCGCCCUCGUCAGCGUCUUCUCGUUGUUGGAGGAAGCAGCUGAGCACUUGAGUGCUGAUCGAGGCGGGGGGGGGGGGGGGCUGCAAGCAUGAUGGAUGAAUGUGACAUUUUUGACGACGGCUCUCGUGUCCAAGCUCUACUAGGCGACGUUUGGUCGGGCGCUUGGUUCUGCUUGGACCGGGCCUGCUCUGUUGUCGAGAGCCCCGAUGCGAUGCAUCAGAGUCAGGGAGGGCCAGAGGGCUGCGGAGAUUACGAGUGAGAUUGUUCUCGCCAUCGUCGCGUUUGGAGUUCACCUCGCCUGUUUUUGUCUCCCUACCCGGCCGGUUCGUUGGUUCGCGAGUGUUUCAUCUUGUCGUUUCGGGGAUCCCAUGCUUUGUUUCCCCGCUCGGUUCCCAUUUACGCACCUUUGGGGUGCCCGUUCGGGUGCUGUUGGCGGAGCAAUCAAGGGCGAGAGCACUACUUUUCUCUUGAGAACCACCGGUGGAUCAUAUGUAUACCCGGUGUGAAAUCGUCGCUGUUUUUUUGUCCUCGACUUCAAAUCCACGGAAAUUGGAUGAUUUUUUUUUCUGUUUCAUUGUUAGGUAAACGAGAAAAGGGUGAAACUCAAGAUUCAUUAUUCGGUAUUGCAACGUGUAUUCUACGGUUUACAGGAGAGACGUGGGCUGAGCCGGGAGUGUCGCAGAGGAAUCUGAGGUCUGUCGGCAGGGGUCGGGGGCGGACGCGCCCAACUCGCACAUGUGAAAAUGUUAUUCGUUCGAUUGCAAGCAAGCGCGCUCCUCACUUUGUGACGCAUUUUCUCUGAUUUGCAGCAACCGCUGCCGCUGCUGCUGCUGCUGUGUACAGUUUAUGUUCAUGUUUGAUCUGGUUCUAGCCAAGAAUGCGCUCACAGUUCUGGCGGCUCGUGUGUGCUCGAGGGUCGUCUUAGAAAAAGUUUAUGCCCAACGGGGUAGACGAGCAAAGCGCGCAACAGACGGACGCCGCGCUGUCGAACGAAAAGCAUUUGGUGUACUGUACUGUGAAGUCGCCCCGUCGUUCUUUGUGGUGCCUACGGUAUUGGGGCAGACCGUUUGCCCUCCUCGUCGAUCUGAGG